UGUUGAAGUAGCGAAGGAAGCUCAUCGAAAAUGCGUGAAUUGAAGUCCAAGUUGUUCAAGGACCGCCUUCGCUCCCUCAUCCGCAGUAAAACCCCGGAGCGGAACACUGCCGAAGCUACUGGUGCGGGUCCGCCCGUCGAAGCCCCGCAACCUGAGACCAACAACAGUCGUGACACGGCGAACGCUGGCUCCCAUCCGGAUGCCCAGUCUCAGACGCCUCAUGCCGGCGAGAAUCGCCUAUCACCAAUCAAUGACCGAGUCCCAGGACCAGUCGAGGCUAGAAACGACCCGCCAUCCCCAGUCUUGCCAGAAGAACCCACAAAGGCCGGCAUUUCAUUUCGUCUGUGGAACGAGGCAUACGACUCCAUCGAGGAGAAACAGUCUGAACUGGUGGAAACUUAUGAAAAGAUCCUGAGCCAGCAGAUUGCAGAAGAUGGUGCCCUCCGGGUGACGACGGGUAAUGCAUUUACCAACUGCACCGGACAGGAACGCCUCGCACUCAUGAAGUCCGCGGUGGUAAAGUCGGUUGAAAGGGCAAACAGACACGAAAGCGUUAGAGACGGCAUAAUCGAAACUUCAGCGUUCAUUGCGAAUCUCAAUAAGAUACUGGGUGGCAUCCUCGAGCCUUAUCCGCCGGCUUCCAUGGUAUGGUCCGGUAUAUGUACCGUCCUCCCGAUCCUCGUUAGCCCCUUCGUUGCCGACAAGGCCAUGGCCGAAGGCCUUAGCCAUAUCAUUUCUCGCAUGGAUUGGUACAUGGACCUAUCUAAUGUCCUGCUUGAAGACAGCUGGGAAAGCAGCGCCGUCUUCUCAAAGCUCAGGGUCAACGUUGAGCAGAGGAUUGUGGGUCUCUACGAGGCCCUGCUGCAAUACGAAAUGCAGAGCGUCGCGUACUGCUUCCACGACCACCCAGUCGUGAAAAGCAUGAAGACGAUACUUGGUUUCAACGAUUGGGAGAGCCGCCGAAAAUCCAUCGACCAACUGGAAGCAGGCCUUGAGAAGGACCUGGACCAGUUCGCAAACCAGGAGAUGGUCCAGCAUCUUCGUGGCUUGUCACAGUCGACCGGCGAUAUCUCCCGGGGGUUUCUGCAGUUCUUCGAACAUCAGCAGCAACUUCAGAGGCACGAGAUUCUUCGUGAGCGAGCCGAGCGACGAAAGCACCAGAGCAGCAUAACCGGCCAGUUUAAGACAACCCGCUAUGAGGAGCAAAUGAAGUUAAACCCAGAUCGUGUUCCAGAAACAUGCAAGUGGUUCCGACAGCACGAAAAGUUCAAGCAAUGGCAGACAGAAAGCAACGGGCUUCUUCUCGUUUCGGCGGAUCCUGGAUGCGGGAAAUCCGUCCUAGCUCGCUACCUAGUCGAGGAUGUCCUGCCUUCCGAUGAUCCGGCUGCCACGGUGUGUUACUUCUUCUUCAAGGAUAACCCCGAACAGGCAAGCCUCCCCAACGCACUAUGUGCCUUGCUUCACCGGAUAUUCUAUGAGAAUAGCUCUCUCGCCGACCACUGCGAGGGGCAGAUCAAAGCUGCCGGGUCAAACCUCCACUCGGAUUCCACGUCGCUUUGGGCAAUUUUUGAAACGGUGGUCAGUCACCAAGACGUCGGUCAAGUCAUCUGUGUAUUGGAUGCUUUGGACGAGUGCGAUCCAAGCGGGUGCCGCAGCCUCCUGCGAUUGUUGAAGAGGUCCAUGCUCUCAUCAACCUCGAGUAUCCGACAAGGUCGCAUCAAGUUCCUCAUCACCACAAGAGGGUACCCAGAAAUCUUGGACGAAUUUCAGGACUUUGAGUCGGCGUGCAUCCACCUCUCUGGAGACAGCACUGGAGAGAAGCAACAGAUACAGAGGGAAAUCAACCUAGUCCUCGACCACCGGCUUGCUAAGCUUUCGGCUAAGAAGAGGUUAUCACCGGACAGACGGACUUUGAUCCGAGAAGCCCUCCGAUAUCCCGAAUCCGAGCAGAGGACGUAUCUCUGGGUCAGUUUGGUGUUUGAUGUCUUGGAUCGCAACUUCAAUGACACUCAGGCAGGGUGGGAAAAGCUCAUCAAAAAUCCACCCACGACCGUUUUCCGAGCAUAUGAGAAACUCCUGGAGCGCGUCGACCCAGAGGAUAUGGAACGAGUCAAGAUCCUCUUUGAUCUCAUCAUUGCAGCAGAGAGGCCUCUUACUUUAAGCGAAGUGAAUAUCGCCAUCCAUGUGAGAGACCGCAUCGGGGCCUACUCAGAAGCCGAGCUGGACCUUGCCCCGAACGAGAAUUUCCGCAAAUGGUUGAUACAUACCUGCGGGUUCUUCGUCACCGAAUAUGCCGACAGGGUCUUCUUCAUACACCAGACCGCCAAGGAGUUCCUCUUACAAGACGCGGCCAAGGGCGAACCCAACGUUUGGCGAAACUCUGUCACGAUGUCGCAAGCGCACCGGUCGAUGGCAGAGAGUUGCAUAGCAUACUUGUCAAUGAAGGUUUUCACGAGUCCUGCGUUCCGCAAAACAGUUGCAGAAUGCUACAAGAAGUGCGACAAGGAUAUAAGGAUGCGCCUGGGAUCUAACAACUACGCUGUGUUUGAGCGCGGCAUCCCUUCUAAACGAUACCGGUUCUUCAACUACGUAUUGCGAUACUGGGUAGGCCACUUUCGAUCCGCCCAGGAGUUUGAAGGAUCGGCUGUCCGGGACAUAGAUAAGAAGUUUGACGCCUCCUACUUCUCCCUCUUCGACGAUAAACCGCCCAUCACUAUGCCGUGGUUGGUGAUGGCUGCGUCUUUAGAAUGGGCUAACUAUGCCAAGUUGACCGAGAUGAAUGUGGAAACCCGUCGGUGCGUUGCGUCAGUUACUGUUGCUUCAGUGGCUGCUCUGUUUGGCCAUCUCCGGCUUCUCCAGCAAUAUACAGAGCAGAAUGGUGCCGCCGACUACCAGAACCGGGAAAUGGGGCAAUAUCCAGACGCAGCUUCCGAUGAAGAUGAGCCCCCCGACCAGCCGAUAUUCUUUGCCGCAAUGGCGGGGCGUAUCCAUUGCCUCGACUACAUACUUUCCAGGUCUGUUCAACAAAUCGGCGCUAGAGAUAAAUUGCAGAGAACGCCACUCCAUAUAGCUGCACGGUACGCGCGGCUCCCCAUAUUGAGACUUCUUAUUGAUCGAGGAGCCAGCGUCAACGCCAGAGACCAAGCUGGUCGGACAGCGCUGGAUCAUCUGAUACGAUACAAUCGCGCAGAGAACGAUAUCGUGGGCAUUAUUCGAUGCCUCAUCUCCAAUGGAGGGAAGUACCGUCUCCAAACCGACUCUCUUCUUCAUAUCGCCGCAUCUCUCUCGCAUGAGACCUUCCCAGAGCUGCAGAUCCUAGAACGUGAGCAUCAACUGGACUCAUUAGAGCCGACUCAUGUUGCCUCGGAGAUUGACCUGUCCUCCGAUAUCUUCAAGGCAGCCUACGGACAGUCCUUCAUCAAGUUCCUGAUAGACAACGGCGAAGACCUCAACUCCCGGGGCGUACUAGGGAAGACUCCGCUCCACCUGGCCUGUAUUAAUGGCCGAGUCUGGAACGCCAUAAUCUUUCUCCAUAACCGGGUCGACAUCAACGCCCCGGACGAUUUGGGCCAUACACCCCUACACUACGCCUGCAACGCCAAGAACGGCUCAACCCUCGUGGCCAUACUCCUCAAAUACAAAGCCAGUGUCACCGCCGCAGACCUACGUGGCCAGACGGCGCUUCACUGGGGGUGUGGGCAAUCGAACCCCGAUAUCGUCCGCCUGCUCCUCGAAGCCGGCGCCGCAGUCAACGCCCCCGAGCUAAACGGCGCGACACCCCUAAUGAUAGCCUCCGCAAACCAAAACCUGUCACUCAGUACCGCCAGAUUGGACCUCCUCCUCCGCCACGGCGCCGACGUCCGCGCGCGAGACACCAACGGCCGGACGGCGCUACACUAUGCCUACGAAAGGCAUGGAGCGCUCAUCGUCGUCAGGACGCUGCUCAGCGCGGGCGCAGACAUCGAGGCACGCGACGGCGAGGGCCGGACGCCGCUGCAGGACGCGUGCCACACGCAUAAUGGAGGGAUGGUUAGGUCGUUAGAGAAGGGCGUGUAUAUUUCUGUGCCGGAGGAUUGGAUGCCGAUGGACAUUGCUGUUGAGAGGAGGUCGGAAGGGUUUGUGGAGUUACUAGAGGGUCGGGUGCUAGAGGAAUAGGGUCUCGCUGGCCGUGUGUUACGAUUUGUCGACAAGGGGAAAACAGCGCAGUCCUUCUUGCUUGAUCCUCGAAUCGGCGGCAUUAAAUCCAGAUCUGUCCCAGCUUAUAGUUGGUGGGAGGUCUGUCG